GAUGGGCGGAAUAUAACUGUUGAUAGAGCUAAGCCUCAACAAGGAACAGGGAGAGAUUAUGAUGGUGACCAUAACCGUGAUCGCGGACGUGGACAUGAUCGUGACCACGAUCGUAACCGGGGCUAUGAUGGCAGCCGUGGAUCUAAUGGUGGGGAAUGUUUUAAGUGUGGGAAACCUGGACACUUUGCUAGGGAGUGUCCUAGUGAUGGGGCUAGCGGGGAUAAGUAUGGUGGUUGGGGAGAUCGUUAUGGUGGAGGUGGUGGUGGCGGUGGCCGUUAUGGUCCUGAUCGGAAUGGAGAUCGAUUUGGUGGGCGCAGCAGGGAUGUGGGCAGUCACGUGGGGUUGGGAAGUGAUGGAUACAAUCGUGAUCGUUCUGGACCUUAUGAGCGUCGUGGAACUGGAGGUCCUUGGUCCAGGAUGCUCGGCCAUUUGUGGCCUUUAUGGAUACUUGAUUGGGUUUCUGUUUUGCUAAUUGGACAUGGUUUUAUAAACUUUAAAAUUGCAAGUUUUUGUGAGCGCAACAAGGGAUCUGCAUACUAACUGAAUAUAAGCACACCCCAUGUUCGUCAUGGUGCACUGAUGGAAGAGUUCCAUUUCCUCUAAAACACAUGGCAGGUUGUUUGGAAGCUAUUUGAUGAGUUCAGCAACUGUUGUUAUUCAUUCCAUGAGUCUAUUUUAUAUUGCUCUUUCGGGUGCAGAUUGCCAUUCUUGCUUUGCUUGUGUACUGGGCUCUAGCGUCUUAAUCUUUUUGGCUAAAAUUGAGGAAAGUGGUUAAUAUUGUUCUUUCAGCUCAGAUCGUGCUUUCCUAAUGUCAAAACUCUUCUGAAUUUUGAGGGUUGAUUUGCCUCUGGCUGUGUAGGAGAUUGGUGCGUUCUUGUUAGAUCUUUCUGAAAUCUGGCUGAAAGGAAAUUGUUCUUUGGUUCCUUCAGGGACAUGAAUUUUUAUUAUUUUUCCAACUGCAACUUGGAAGUCUGUCUUGAACCUCUGUCCUUCAAUAUAAUGGGAGUGUGUUAUAGGCAUGAUGGAAUUUUUUCUUGGUUUACCUGUGUUGCUGCCUACAUGCAUGAAUUGUUUGUUGAGUUCUUAUUUUUGGAUUAUAUCUACGUGCUUUCUUUUGUCCUAGGACCUACUCAUGUUAUACGUACUCUCAACUUGUAUUCAAGUUCUUCAAGUUCUUCUUGUUGUGUUGGUGCCAGAUAUUUUUGGAUUAUAUCAGUCUUUGAAUUUUGGUCCCUGGAAUCAUACAUAUUUGUGCACAAAUCAUUUUCUUCAUAAUAUGAAAAUGGUAACCAAUAAUCUUCGGCAGUUAACAACAAAAAUCUUAUCAUAUAGU